AUGGCAUUUCAGAUUGGAGAAGUGUCCACAGAUGAACUUAUUGAAGCUCAAGCUUAUGUUUGGAACCACACAUUCGCCUUCGUAAACUCCAUGUCCCUAAAAUGCGCUAUUCAAUUAGGCAUACCCGACGCCAUCCACAAACACGGCCACCCAAUCACGCUUUCCCAAUUAGUCGAAUCAUUACAUGCCGACAACACCAAAUCCCAAUGUAUCCACCGUUUGAUGCGGGUCUUGGUCCAAUCCAAGUUCUUCAUUGAAGACACCAGUCAAGAGGAGGCGCGCUAUUGGCUCACACCAGCCUCGCGCCUCCUUUUGAGGGAGGCGUCUCUGACAGUGGUGCCUUUCGUGCUGCUCAUUUUGGACCCCAGUUUCACAGAGCCAUGGCACCAUAUGAGCGAAUGGCUCACCAACAAGCGCCACCUCACGCCGUUCGAGGCGGCGCAUGGGUCCAUUAUCUGGGAGCACAUGGCACACGAGUCCGGCUCUGAUGGUUUGUUCGAAGAAGCUAUGAGCAGUGACUCGAGGCUCGUGGCCCAUGUACUUGUUCGAGACUACAAGCACGUGUUCGAGGGAAUCGAGACGUUGGCCGACGUCGGGGGAGGUACCGGGACGAUGGCUAAGGCCAUUGUCGAUGCAUUGCCCGACAUAAAAUGCGUGGUUCUUGACCUCCCACAUGUCGUGGCCGGUUUGGAGAGCACCGAUAAAUUGAGCUAUGUCGGGGGAGACAUGUUCGAGGCUAUCCCUGCCGCCGAUGCUGUUCUUCUCAAGUGGAUAAUGCACGACUGGGACGACGAGAAGUGUCUCAAAAUCCUGAAGAGAUGCAAAGAAGCCGUCGCAAGCAACAGCACAGGAGGGAAGGUGAUGAUCAUCGACGCGGUUGUGGAUGUCAACCGAGAGGAUAAUAAGGUUGUCGAAGAUCAACUCUACCUCGAUAUGACAGUGAUGACUUACUACAAUGGGAAAGAAAGAAGUGAGAAUGAAUGGGCAAAGCUGUUCUCUGAUGCUGGCUUCACUAGCUAUAAAAUUACUCAUGCAUUUGGGGUUAGGUCUCUACUUGAGGCUUAUCCUUAGCACGGAGGGCUGUAACACUUGUGCUCUAUCUAUCGUCUAUUAGCACAUAUACGUGUGAAUCGAAGCCACACUCUAUCAAGAUGUAUUUCACCAAGCGAAGCAUAAAUAAAUACGAAAACAAUGUAAUAUAUUUACCUUUCAA